AUGCCACGAAGGAGGCUUUUGCUUCGCGGAGUCCCUACAAUCAUUGAUGAUCUCAGUGGGAAUGCGAACCAGCACCCGAAAAUGAAUCUACAAAAGGGUAGUAUGCUCAGUGAUGAGGCGAAGAAAGAACUGAAGGAGCUGUGGCAGCCGCUAGAGGAUGAAUUGCAACGGCUUUCUAAUGCGCAAGCCAGCAAUCCAGCUGAAGAGGAAAAAGCAGGGGAGGAGAUGCAGGACCAGAUCAAUGAGGUUUACUUUUGUUAUCGCUCAUCUAUUCUUUGA